AUGAGUUAUAAAAACUCUUGUGGGUUCUCCCAGUUGCUUGUUGGCUACAAAAGCAUGCCUGUUCAUACGUACCUGACGGUUGAAGAUACUGAGUUUCUUCCCUCUGUUUUCCUUGCAGGUGUGUUACUAGACAUCCAGCAGCACUUUGGAGUCAAAGACAGUGGGGCUGGCUUACUACAGACAGUUUUCAUCUGUAGUUUCAUGGUUGCGGCGCCUAUCUUUGGUUACCUUGGUGACCGUUUCAACAGAAAGAUCAUUCUCAGUUGUGGGAUCUUCUUUUGGUCAGCUGUCACUUUUUCAAGCUCCUUCAUCACUGAACAGUAUUUCUGGCUUCUUGUGCUGUCACGAGGUUUGGUUGGCAUCGGUGAAGCGAGUUACUCCACUAUUGCACCAACCAUCAUAGGAGACCUUUUCACCAAAAACACCAGGACCCUUAUGCUGUCUGUUUUCUACUUUGCAAUUCCUCUUGGCAGUGGCUUGGGAUACAUCACUGGGUCAAGUGUGAAGCAAGUUGCUGGAGACUGGCACUGGGCGUUGCGGGUAUCUCCACUCCUGGGAAUGAUAACAGGGACACUCAUCUUGAUAUUUGUACCUGCUGCUAAAAGAGGAAAUGUUGAACAACUUGGGGGACAGCUGAAGGCUCGGACCUCAUGGCUGAGAGACAUGAAAGCACUGAUUAGAAACCGCAGCUACGUGUUCUCAUCGCUGGCCACCUCAGCAGUCUCCUUUGCCACAGGGGCUCUUGGCAUGUGGAUCCCUCUCUACCUUCACAGAGCACAGGUCGUGCAGAAGACAGUAGAGACCUGCAGCUCACAGCCCUGCAGCACCAAAGAUAGCUUGAUCUUUGGCGCUAUCACUUGCUUCACUGGUUUCCUCGGUGUAAUCACAGGGGCUGGAGCAACCAAAUGGUGCCGGUUAAAAACCCAGCGAGCUGAUCCUCUUGUCUGUGCUGUUGGCAUGCUAGGAUCAGCCAUCUUCAUCUGUCUGAUCUUCGUUGCUGCCAAGAGCAGCAUUGUGGGAGCCUAUAUUUGCAUUUUUAUCGGAGAAACUCUUCUGUUUUCAAACUGGGCUAUCACAGCAGACAUACUAAUGUAUGUGGUCAUUCCGACACGGCGUGCAACCGCAGUGGCCUUGCAGAGUUUCACUUCGCACCUCCUGGGAGAUGCUGGCAGUCCUUAUCUGAUUGGAUUUAUCUCAGACCUGAUACGACAAAGCACAAAGGAGUCCUCAGUCUGGCAGUUCCUCAGCUUGGGGUAUGCACUCAUGCUCUGCCCGUUUGUCGUUGUCCUAGGAGGGAUGUUUUUCCUGGCCACAGCCCUCUUCUUCCUAAGUGACCGAGCCAAAGCUGAACAACAUAAAGAAACCGAUUCGGACCACCUCACGGUUGGCAACUACAGUAAUUCAGAAGACGCUUCCACAUGA